AUGAUGAUUGAAUAAUAAUCUCCCCAAUAUUGGGAUGAUUUAAUUCUUAGUAGCAGCAAGAAAGAGUCAAAAAUUUAAACUUAAACUCUAGAAUUAACUGCUUAAAAACUAUAGUAAUAGCUAGAAAAAAAUAAAGAAUUUAAUCAUGAAUAUAUGAUGAGAAUUUAAAGAAGUUAAUCUGAUCAUAGAGAACAAUAUAUUUCUGAACCUCAUGAAGAGGAAUGUGAAGAUUUUGAAUAAUAAAAAACUUACUUAAAUAAAUUAAUGGAAGAAUUUAAUUCAACUUAUAGUCCUAAAAUUAAGAGACCUUGUUGUCAACCAAAAUCUUAUGAUAUGCCCAGAUAACAAUAAAAAAAAGUAUAAGAAUAUUCAAAAGAAGAAGUUUGGUAAAGACUAUUAGAAGAUAAGAGAAAUCAAUUAGAAUAGAGGGAAAAUGAUAAAAGAAAAUAUAAUGAUGAAUUAGUAGAAUAACAUUGUACAUUUAAACCAAUCAUUAGUGAUAUUGCCUCUAGAAGAAAUACUGAACAACCAGUAGCUGAAAGAUUAUAUUUAGAUGGAAUUGAAUAAAAAAAAAGAAAAGAAUAAUUAAAAUUUGAUCAUAUUAAUUCAGAAUAAUUUUCAUUUAAACCAGACAUUAGCUAAAUUAGUAAUGUUUUAAAAGGAGAAAAAUAAUUCAUGAAACCUUUAUACGAAAGAAUUGAUUAAGUAAUGAAAAAAAAAUAAGAAGAAUUAUUAAUAAAAUAGUAAGAACUUUAACAAUAAUCUGAUGUUACUUAUUAACCUAAAAUCUCUUAAAGAUCGAUUUAAAUAGCAGAACAAAAAUAAACAUCAAAAUCUGUUGUUGAAAGAUUAAUGGAAGAUGCUGCUAAUAAAUUAUAAAAAAAAAUUAGUUAAAAGAAUGAAAUUUAAGAUAAAGAUGUAUGUACUUUUAAUCCUUAAAUCAAUCCAACUUCAAAACCAGUAUAAUAAAUUAAUUAAGUCUAUUAAACUUAAUAUUUAAUUGCAGAUUUUAUGAGAGAAAAAAAAGAAAAACUCAUUCAAGAAUUUAUAAAAAAUUCUGAUGUUACCUUCAAACCUUAAAUUAAUAAAACAAGUGAAUUAAUAAUGGAAAGUAAUGAAGAAAGAUUAUAAGAGAAUAUGUCAGAUAAGAUUAAUCGUCUUGGAGUAAGAGAUUAUGAGAAAAAUCAAAUCUUAAAAGAGUAAAUACAAUAAGCCUAUUAUCAAUAAUAUACAUUUAAACCUUAAAUAAAUUAAAUUUCUUCUAUUAUAGCAUAAAAGAGAUCUUUAGAUGAUCUAGCUUAUAAUCCUGAACGAUAGGAAAAAUUAAAUAGAUUAAAAGAAGUAAUUUAUUGACUUAAUUUCAAUAGGAAUAAGAAUCAAAGUAAUCCUUUAGUUAUUAUCCUUAAACUAAAAAAUCAUAAUAGUAUUAGCAUGUCAAAUCCAAAUAUGAUAAAAACUUAAUUAAAUAAAAUAUGGAAAUUGAAAAAGAGCUAAAAGAAAGAAAAAUCUAAGAUUUAAAAAAGUAAAAUAACUAUUUAUUCUAGACAAAUGUAAUAUUAAGAGUUAAAGGAAUGCACAUUUAAACCAAUGACAAAAUAGUUUUAAAAAGAUGAAGAAACCUUAAUCUAAAAAGUAAAAGGAGUUGAGAGUUUUUUUUAAAACAAAGAAAAUAUAAAAAAAAAAUUUCAUUAAUAAAUAGAGAGAGAAAAAGAACUAUUCCAUUAUGAAUUGAAAUAUGAUUAUAAAAAUCAUCUAGAAAAAACGAAAUUAGAACCAUUUAAAAUAACUUAAUAAAACAAUAUGAAUAAGAGGCAAUUAGAAGAAGAGGCAUUAUAAAAGGAAAGAGAACAGUGUACAUUUCAUCCAAAGAUCAAUUAAAAUUAUGUUUUUGCUUGA